ACUGCUCAAAUUCAUCCUUUUAGUAUACAAAAGGUUCAUGAAGGAUCAGGUUGGAAAGGUUGAAAUGCAAGCCAAGAAGGGAAGACACCGUUUGGUCCUCUUUCCAGUGCCCCUGCAAGGCCACAUAAACCCUAUGAUUCAUCUAGCAAGUAUUCUUCACUUGAAAGGCUUUAGCAUUUCUAUAAUUCAUACCCAAUUCAACUCUCCAGACCAUUCCAAGUAUCCUAAUUUUGCCUUCCACUCGAUCCCAGAUGGCUUGUUGGAACAUCAAUUUUCUACAUCAGAUCUUGCAGCUCUUGUCACACGGCUCAACCUUAACUGCAUCAGGCCGUUUCGCGAAUGCUUGGCUAGCUUAUUAUCGGAUAACGAGGAGCAUGUCGCAUCCCUGAUCACUGACAGCAUUUGGCAUUUCACUCAGGAUGUAGCUGACAGCUUCAAGCUUCCCAGGAUUGUGUUCAGGACUACAAGUGUUUGUUCUUUUUUAGCUUUUCAUGCCCUUCCUCAUUUUCGAGAAAAGGGAUAUCUCCCAAAACAAGAUUCUCAACUGGAAGCACGAGUGGGAGAAUUCCCACCCCUAAAAGUGAAAGACAUUCCAGUGAUAAAGACGCGAUUCCCGGAAUCUUUAGACAGGAUAAUGAGUCUUAUGAUGGAAGGGACUAAAGCGGCUUCCGGGCUGAUCUUCAACACCUUUAAAGAGCUUGAGGAUAACGAACUGAUGAAAAUUGGCCAAGAAUUUUGCAUCCCAAUUUUUGCAGUAGGCCCACUACACAAAUACUUCCCUGCCUCCUCAAGCAGUUUACUAAGACAAGAUCAAAGUGCAAUCAUUUGGUUGGAUAAACAAGCUCCCAAGUCUGUAAUCUAUGUCAGCUUUGGAAGCAUUGCAGAAAUGGAUGAAACUCAAUUGUCUGAAGUUGCCUGGGGCCUAGCCAAUAGUAGGCAGCCUUUCCUCUGGGUGAUCAGGCCUGGAUUAGUACAAAAUUCUGAAGAGCUUGCAAGAUUGCCGAAUGGUUUCUUGGAGGCUGUGGAGGGAAGGGGAUAUAUAGUCGAAUGGGCUCCUCAACAAGAAGUACUAGCUCAUCCUGCCAUUGGAGGGUUCUGGACACAUUCAGGAUGGAAUUCUACGCUGGAAAGUAUAUGUGAAGGAGUUCCAAUGAUUUGUUCACCUUUUUUCGGUGAUCAAAUGGUAAAUUCUCGAUUCGUUAACGAUGUUUGGAAACUUGGAUUGCAGUUGGAGAAAGGACUUGAUAGAGAGGAGAUCGAGAUGUUGAUUAGAAGAUUAAUGACAGAAAAAGAAGGGGAAGAAAUAAGGGAUAGAGUAAUGUCUCUCAAGGAUACAAUUAAUUCUUGCUUAGAGCAAGGUGGUUCUUCAAAUCAAUCACUAGAGAGCUUCAUUGAUUACAUCUUGUCAUUCUGAUCUUGUUAAUUUCCCUGUCUAAAGGCUCCGUCUAAUGGUAAUUUUCUAUAACUAUUUUUUUUUUUCCAAAACAUGUGUAAUUUAAGCUUCAAUCUGAAU